AUGAGUGACCACGACGAUGCGGAUCUCGCCGGUGAGUGCCAGCGCACCAUGCGACUCCUGGAGAUGCAGCGUCGCACGCAUUAUGACCUCGUGCAGGAGAAUGGCCAGCGACGGUUGACGGCACCAGAAGUAGCGCGAGGUGAUCGGCAACGUGGUAAGGGUGCGGAGGUGUUCCUGGGUCGUCUGCCGCGCGAUUGUUACGAGGACGAGCUGAUGCCGUUGCUGGAGCAGGUGGGCCGGCUUCUGGAGUUGCGAUUGAUGCUCGAUUUUUCCGGGUCCACGCGCGGCUACGCAUUUGCGUUGUUCGAGGAUUCGCGGGUUGCCCGGAUAGCGUGCGAGCGUCUCGACGGUUACGAGAUUCGGCCGGGUCAUCGCAUCGGCGUGGUCAAGUCCAUGGACAACUGUCGACUCUUCUUCGGCGGCGUGCCCAAGACUAAGACCAAGCCUGAAUUCAUGGAAGAGUUGACCAAGAUACUGGACGGCAUCACGGACAUCUAUGUUUACCCGAGUGCUCAAGAUCGCAACCUAAAUCGUGGUUUCAUCUUCGUCGAAUUUAAAGAUCAUCGGGCAGCCGCGAUGGCUAGGCGCAAGCUUAUACCCGGUAAAGUGAUGUUGUGGGAUCAUGAGAUCGCGGUGGAUUGGGCGGAUCCGGAGCCGGGCGAUCCGAUUGACGAAGAUAUCAUGGAAACGGUAACAGCUCUGUUCGUAAGGAACCUCGCCCUUGAUAUGUCACAACAGAAGGUGAGAGAGAUUCUCUACAGGUACACGAACGUGCCCAUAUUGAAGCUAAAGAAGAUCAAUCACUUCGCUUUCGUUCACUAUGAGAAUCGCGAAGCCGCAAAGACUGUAAUGAACAUAAUGGAAAGACCGGAUAGCAUCGUUGAAAAGCAGGGUUGGGAAAUCCGUUGGGCGAAACCUAUUGGAGCGUCCAAGAUCCUGGAAAGAGCACGAUAUAUUCGUGAAGCGGUAACCAACUCGAGAGUCCAAAAAACCGAAAAGCCGCAUUCAAAAGAACGAAAGAAGCGCUCCAGCAAAACGCUCACGAAAACGCACGAAGAUAAGAGCGUAUACCUGGCACAGAUGAAGACCUUGCAAAACUUCGUCAAGGAGAAAUUCGAUGCUACGUGCACUUUUGAUUGCAUACAAAUACUGGAUGCAUCCGGAUAUAUUGGCAGAGUAAACGUUUUAAUAAAUUUAACUUCUUAUCUUUUCUUCAUUCAUUUAUGCUUAAUGAUUUACUGCUUUCUUUUGUGUCACUAUGUUUUAGAUAAUUGUUCGUAAAGAUGAAUUUAUAAUGUGCGAAUUUCAAGGGGAGCCAGUGGCAUCGAAACAUAAAGCCAUGAGCGAGGCAUCUA